AUGUCCCAAGACCCUUACGAGACGCACGACGGCGGAUCCGACAUCGUGGGCUUCACUACCGCAGCCGCAGGAGCCAACUCAGCCUUUUCGAAUCCAAUGGGCGCAGUCCUGAAUGCUCAAGCAACAUAUCACACUCAUCAAUGCAUCAAGCUCCGCUUGAAGGGGAUUGAAGGGGCCCUGCAAGACGAGGCCACAGGGGAUCAGCGCCGGCGCGAAUGGUCGUCGCCCCAGAUGAGGGCUUCGGGCCAACCCCAGAGAAUGGAUUUAUUCAACUAG